GCAGUGACUAACAUUAUCUGGUUAGACUUGAAGGCUUCCGAUUAGUUACAUCUGGAACGACAAUUGCCAUCAUUGUACAACUCCUUGAACGCGCGGAAGUGACUUAUCUCUUUCAUUGGCUGAUCAGCUGAAUCCGCACAUAGGUAUCUCCGUACCUACGAUUCUUAAUUCCGCUAGAGCUUUAGCAAAGUAACAACCCUUGCCCAUUUCUUGAAUCAGUUGCGUGAGCUUUACGACAAUGGACUACAGAUCGCAGCCUACGGCAGCAGAGGAGUACACAACCAUCAUUGAUCAGACAUUAAGGGAACUCCAAGAGAGAGUUCGACAUCAUGAAAAUGAGCUGGAGAAGCUUCGUUCAGAGCAGAGCCAACCCUCAGAGUCUGUGGCUGGACAGGCGCGUCUCAUCCAGGCGGCCCUCAAAGAGGUGACAGAGUCAGAUCCCUUUCUCCCCUCGCCAGGGUCGCUGUUACCGACGCUGCUGGCGUUCCGCAAGACUCACCAGACCAUUCAAGAGUCCAUAGCCUAUCUUGCUUCGCAGCGUGUGGGCCACGAACAACUGUCGCGUCAGCUUGAGGCGGAUGAAGCGCGUCUCAAGGAUCAAAAUCUCCUCAGCGAUGCUCUGACUGCGCGUAUACAGUUGCUACGCGAUGAAGUGGAUGCGGGUACUCACGUCACUCCACAAGAAGGGGCAAAAGAACUAUUGCAAGAACUCAGAACUAAGAAAAAGUCUUAUGACAGAGAGACGUCCAAACUUAUGAAAGUUCUCCUUCGGUUCAUCGAUAAUCAUCUGGCGCCAAUGCUUGCGGCAGAAGAGCUAGGGGGCCCUGUGGUUGGGGACCUUAUAGGUAUUGACGGAAACGAUUUGGCUGCCGGGUUCAAUGCGCAAGGCAAACUCAGGAAACCAAAGGACAGCGCUGAUAAAGAAGAUAAACGGCAGCGCAGAAUCGAUGAGAUUUGGGGACAGGCUACCGAUGGAGGCACGGGGCGUCAAGACGAGAUUACAGCUGCAGCUGCAGAGAUGAAGCAACUAACAGAGGAGCUGCUCAACACGCUUGCUGAAGCACAUGGCAACAACUCAGCAUCCUAUGUGCAACUGUCACGAGAAUCUGCGGCUGCACGGUUUUUGGUGAGGUCUAAGGUUGCACAAUUCCAUCCCAGAGAUGCAACAAGGCUCAGACUGGUUGAUUUCGGACGAGAUCUAGAACCCUGAGUAGUAAAAUUCUAUAAUAAAAGCUUCGAGAAUAACCCCUCAUGUCUCAUUGUUAUGUUUCUGUCAAGUCACUUAACAAGUUAAUAUUCCUAGCUUACAUAGCAUAAAAGCAACC